CGGGGCCGGCGGCGGCGGCGCUCUUCCGGCUCGGGUCGCUCCGGUAACGCAGCUGGCUCCGGUAACGCAGCUGGCUCCGGUAACGCAGCUCGCCCGGCCUCCCCUGCUCUCCCUCCCCCUCCUCUCCCGGCUCGGGUCACCCAGGUAAUGUCUGUACAUGAAUUGCAAGCUCGUCUCUAGUGGGGACACGGUGGGAGGAUGAACACGGAGGAGCUGGAGUUACUGACUGAUUCCAAGUACAGAAACUAUGUAGCAGCUGUUGACAAAGCACUGAAGAACUUCGAAUAUUCCAGUGAAUGGGCAGAUUUGAUAUCAGCACUGGGCAAGCUAAACAAGGUACUGCAGAACAACGCCAAGUACCAGGUGGUGCCGAAGAAGCUGACUAUAGGCAAGCGCUUAGCACAAUGCCUUCACCCAGCGCUGCCGGGAGGGGUUCAUCGGAAGGCACUUGAGACCUAUGAGAUCAUCUUCAAAAUCAUUGGACCCAAACGUUUGGCCAAAGAUCUUUUCCUCUACAGCUCGGGGCUGUUCCCGCUGCUCGCCAACGCUGCCAUGUCUGUCAAGCCAACCCUGCUGAGCCUGUAUGAGAUCUACUACCUGCCGCUGGGGAAGACGCUGAAGCCAGGGCUGCAGGGGCUGCUGACUGGCAUUCUGCCUGGCUUGGAGGAGGGCUCGGAGUACUACGACAGAACAAACACGCUGCUGGAGAAGGUUGCCUCGGCUGUGGACCAGUCGGCGUUCUACAGCGCGCUCUGGGGCAGCCUCCUCACCAGCCCUGCGGUUCGCCUGCCUGGCAUCACCUAUGUCCUCUCCCACCUGAACAGGAAGCUCUCAAUGGAGGAUCAGCUCUACAUAAUUGGCAGUGACAUUGAAUUAAUGGUGGAAGCAGUAAGCACAUCAGUGCAAGACACCAGUGUCCUAGUACAGAGGAGCACGUUGGACCUUAUCCUUUUUUGUUUUCCUUUCCACAUGAGCCAGGCCACGCGGCCAGACAUGAUCCGGAUUCUGUCAGCAGCCCUUCACGUCGUCCUGCGCAGGGACAUGUCCCUCAACCGAAGGCUUUAUGCCUGGCUGCUAGGUUUUGAUAACAAUGGUGCCCUGAUAGGACCCAGGAGUACAAGGCACAGCAACCCCGAGGAGCAUGCUACUUACUAUUUCAACACCUUCUCUAAGGAGAUGUUAGUCCAGGCCAUGGUUGGGAUAUUGCAGGUGAAUGGGCACGGAGAGGAAAGCACAUUAAUGCAGGACCUGAAGCCUUUUCGGAUUCUUAUCAGCUUGCUGGAUAAGCCUGAACUGGGCCCUGCCAUUCUAGAGGAUGUCUUGAUUGAAGUGUUUCAGACAUUGUAUACACAGUGCAAAGCAGAACUGGAGCUUCAGGCAGAACCCUCUUUCAACAAAGAUCACACACAGCUAAGCAGCAAACUGAGGGAAAACAAGAAAACAGCAGAACUGAUUAAAACUGCCAAUCUCCUCUUCAACUCCUUUGAGCCUUACUAUAUGUGGGAUUACAUCGCUCGCUGGUUUGAAGAGUGCUGUAGGAGGACAUUACACGCCAGACUUCAGACUACGCCUGGAGGUGGUGGUGAGCAGUCUGAGCUACCCCUGACUAACUUCUGCUUGUUAGUGGACUUUUUGUUGGAUAUAGUUUCUUUGCCUACUAGAAGUAUGAGAGUGCUGUGUCAGGAGACUUACAUUGAAAUCCAGACAGAGCACUUGCCUCAGCUGCUGCUCAGGAUGAUUUCUGCGCUCACGAGCCACCUGCACACUCUGCACCUGUCUGAGCUUACUGAUUCGCUCAGGCUCUGCUCCAAGAUCCUCAGCAAAGUUCAGCCUCCACUGCUGUCUGCUGGGACAGAUGGUAUCCUGCAGCUUCCCAGUGGGCACAGCAGCUCCAUCAAGGAAUGGGAGAGCAAAAAGGUGCCAGCAGUUUCUCUGGAAAAUCCCAGUGAUGUGUUUGAGGAUGGUGAGAAUCCUCCCAGCAGCCGCUCCUCAGAAAGUGGCUUCACCGAGUUUGUGCAGUACCAGGGGGAUGCCUCCAAUGACAUCGACAGGGCACUGAGCGAGGGGCAGGCUGCCCCUGGCAUCCCUAUCGUCGGGAGCACAUCCUCAGAGACUGAAACAGCCUCGACUGUGGGAUCCGAGGAAACCAUUGUCCAGCCUCCUUCCCUGGCGGCGCAGGGGACGGCCACCCGCAGCGGCAAGGCCAUUCAGAAGACUGCAAUGCAGUGCUGCUUGGAGUACGUCCAGCAGUUCUUAACCAGGUUUAUCAACCUCUAUAUCCUUCAGAGCAGCUCCUCGGCUCAGCCCUCGGGGGCAGAGCUUCCAGCAGACUCCACUAGAGAGCAAGGACAGAGCCCAAAAUGGGACAGAGAGUCCCAGAGUGAUGCUAAGGUGAAGAAAACGUGCAAGAGGAGAGCGCCGAAGGAGUACCUCCCUGCCUUCAUCGCUGCCUGCCAGCUCUACCUGGAGUGCUCAAGCUUCCCUGUUUACAUUGCCGAAGGGAACCGCACUUCGGAAGUGCUUCCUGGGAAGCCUGAAGUUGACUGUGAGCAAGUACAACCUCCACUGUGGCUGCAGACGUUAAUGAAUGCUUGCAAGCAGUCAAGCAAUUUCAGCGUUCAGGGUGUCACCAUUUCCCUGGUGAUGGACUUGGUUGGAUUGACUCAAUCUGUUGCUCUCGUCACUGGAGAAAAUCUGAACAGUGUGGAAGCCACUCAGCCUCUUAGCCCUAGCCAGGGAAGAGUUGCUGUGGUCAUCAGGCCUCCUCUUACACAAGGCAAUCUGAGAUACAUGGCUGAGAAGACAGACUUCUUCAAGCAUAUAGCUUUAACACUGUGGGACCAGUUGGGUGAUGGAACUCCUCAGCACCAUCAGAAGAGUGUGGAGCUCUUCUACCAGCUGCACAACCUCGUGCCAUCUUCGAGCAUUUGUGAAGAUGUUAUUAGUCAGCAGCUGACCCACAGAGACAAGAAGGUGAGAAUGGAAGCUCAUGCAAAGUUUGCAGUGCUCUGGCACCUCACCCGUGACCUUCACAUCAACAAGUCUUCUUCCUUCGGCCGCACCUUUGACAGAUCUCUGUUUAUCAUGCUGGACAGCCUUAACAGCUUGGAUGGUUCUACAUGGUCAGUGGGGCAAGCCUGGUUAAAUCAGGUGCUUCAGAGGCAUGAUAUUGCAAGGGUUCUUGAACCUCUGCUCCUGCUGCUUCUCCACCCGAAAACUCAGCGCGUCUCCGUUCAGCGAGUGCAGGCUGAGUGCUACUGGACUAAGUCUCCCUAUCACCCUGAAGAAGAACAUGAAAAGCACUUUAUGCAGAAAUUCAGCUGUUCUGAUGCAUUUCCCCAGGUGCCUGUAAGCCAAGGACAACUUAUUAUACCUAAGGAAAGCAACGAAAAGCAACUUGCUAUGGAUGAAAUGGAGAACUUCAGCCUGACUGUCAACCCCCUGAGUGACAGGCUUUCCUUGUUAAGCACCAGCAGCGAGACCAUACCUAUGGUUGUCUCUGAUUUUGACCUUCCUGACCAUCAGGUUGAAAUGCUGCAGAGUUCUGACUCUGGCUGUUCUCAGUCAUCUACUGGAGACAACCUCAGUUACGAAGUGGAGACGGAAAGCCUGAGCGCCCAAGAUAGCUCUCAGACCCUGAGAGAGGACUCACCCGACGAAAUCGUGCAGCAAGUAGUGACAGAUCUUAUAUGCAGAGUCGUAAGCAGCCUUGGAGAAGAGGCUGAAGCAGGCAAACACAGUCUGCACUCGGAGGAUGCUUCGUGUAAACUGAGUCCUUUAGACAGCUGUGCGGAGCUGCCAAAAAGCGACGAUCAAACCAUUCAGAGUAGCCAGAGUAGUCUGCUUAGUGACAGCUCCCAGCUGCUGUCAGCCUCGACUGAGACUGGCCUUGAGAGCUUAAGAGACGAAAUGUCAAGAAAUAACUCUUCACCCUGCAUUGCAGAAAGCCAGCAGCCCCUCUCUGACUUCACUCUUGCUUCCACCGAGCCCAAGUCCAGAAAGCGAAGCCACAGCAGCAUCCAGUUCAGCUUUAAGGGAAAGCCGCCCGAGAAGGAGACCAUUGUGAAAGAGGCAGGCAAGCAGCCGGGGGCCAAGCCUAAGGUGAAAAUAGCAAAGAAGAAGGAUGAGGAGAAGAAGAAAGCACAAGCAGAAAAGCUGAAACAGACCAACGUCUUCUUCAGCGACGGCCUGGACCUGGAGAACUGGUACAGCUGCGGGGAGGGGGAGAUCUCCGAGAUAGAGAGCGACGUGGGCUCGCCGGGGCUGCGCAGAUCCCCCAGCUUCAACAUCCACCCCUUGUACCAGCACGUGCUGCUCUACCUCCAGCUCUACGACUCCUCCAGGACCUUGUAUGCUUUCUCUGCCAUCAAAGCCAUCCUGAAAACCAACCCCUCCGCUUUCGUGAGCGCCAUCUCCACCACCAGCGUCAACAACGCCUACACGCCCCAGCUCUCGCUGCUCCAGAACCUCCUGGCCAGGCACCGCAUAUCCGUCAUGGGCAAGGAUUUCUACAGCCACAUCCCCGUCGAUUCCAACCACAACUUCCGCAGCUCCAUGUACAUAGAAAUCCUCAUCUCCCUGUGUCUGUACUACAUGAGGAGCCACUACCCAACCCACGUCAAGGUCACCUCGCAGGAUCUCAUAGGGAACCGCAACAUGCAGAUGAUGAGCAUAGAAAUUCUGACGCUCCUCUUUGCCGAGCUGGCCAAGGUGAUCGAAAGCUCCGCAAAAGGCUUUCCCAGCUUCAUCUCGGACAUGCUGUCCAAGUGCAAGGUCCAGAAGGUGAUCCUGCACUGCCUGCUGUCGUCCAUCUUCAGCGCGCAGAAGUGGCACGGCGAGAAGGCCUCCGGGAAGAACGUCGUGGCUGUAGAAGAAGGCUUCUCCGAGGACAGCCUGAUCAACUUCUCCGAGGAUGAGUUUGACAACGGCAGCACUCUGCAGUCCCAGCUGCUAAAGGUGCUGCAGCGCCUGAUCGUGCUGGAGCACAGGGUCAUGACCGUGCCCGAGGAAAACGAAGCCGCCUUUGACUUCGGCCUCACAGAGCUGGAGCACAUCGGCCCCCAGCAGCCCAUGACUUCCCUGCAGUACCUGCAUUCCCAGCCCAUCACCUGCCAAGGCAUGUUCCUGUGCGCGGUGAUCCGAGCUCUGCACCAGCACUGUGCCUGCAAGAUGCACCCCCAGUGGAUUGGCCUUAUCACUUCCACGCUGCCUUACAUGGGGAAGGUGCUUCAGAGGGUGGUGGUGUCAGUGACGCUGCAGCUCUGCAGGAACCUGGAUAAUCUAAUUCAGCAGUACAAAUAUGAAAUAGGAUUAUCUGACAAUAGGCCUCUCUGGAUGGCAUCAGUCACCCCUCCAGAUAUGCUGCUUACUUUAUUGGAAGGGAUCACAACAAUCAUUCAUUACUGCCUCCUGGAUCCAUCUACACAGUAUCAUCAGCUUUUGGUUAAUGUAGAUCAGAAGCACUUGGUCGAGGCACGCAAUGGGAUCCUGUCUAUCCUGCAUAUGAUCAUGGCUUCUGUCACCUUGCUGUGGAGCAUCCUUCACCUUGCAGACUCUUCAGAGAGAACCACUGCUGCUGCUGCUGCGUCCAUCACCACUAUUAAUCUUGGAUCAACAAAGAAUUUGAGGCAGCAGAUUCUGGAGCUCUUGGGCCCUAUUUCAAUGAACCAUGGUGUUCACUUCAUGGCUGCUAUUGCCUUUGUGUGGAACGAAAGGAGGCAAAAUAAGAAUGUUUCUAGAACAAAGGUUAUUCCUGCAGCAGGUGAAGAACAACUUCUGCUGGUGGAGCUGGUUCGCUCUAUCAGUGUGAUGAGAACUGAGACUGUUAUACAAACAGUGAAAGAAGUUCUGAAGCAGCCUCCAGCCAUAGCAAAGGACAAGAAACAUCUUUCACUGGAAGUCUGCAUGUUGCAGUUUUUCUAUGCUUAUACUCAAAGGAUUCCAGUGACCAGCUUAGUAGACAGCUGGGCAGCACUGCUGCUUCUCUUAAAAGAUUCCAUCCAGGUUGGUCUUCCGGCUCCAGGACAAUUCCUCAUACUCGGUGUUCUUAACGAGUUCAUUAUGAAAAACCCAAGCCUGGAAAACAAGAAAGAUCAGAGAGAUCUCCAGGAUGUGACACACAAGAUCGUGGAUGCCAUUGGGGCAAUUGCUGGUUCCUCCUUGGAACAGACCACUUGGCUGAGACGCAACUUAGAGGUGAAGCCCUCCCCCAAGAUCAUGGUUGAUGGAAACAACUUAGAAUCAGAUGUUGAAGAUAUGUUGUCUCCAGCAAUGGAAACAUCAAGCAUAACUCCAUCUGUUUACAGUGUCCAUGCAUUGACCUUACUUUCUGAGGUUUUGGCUCACCUCUUGGAUAUGGUUUUCUACAGUGAUGAAAAGGAGAGAGUUAUCCCUUUGCUUGUAAAUAUCAUGCACUAUGUUGUUCCCUACCUCCGGAAUCACAGUGCUCACAACGCAUCCAGCUACCGAGCCUGUGUCCAGCUGCUAAGCAGUCUCAGUGGCUAUCAGUAUACAAGGAGGGCAUGGAAGAAGGAAGCAUUUGACCUCUUCAUGGAUUCCACUUUCUUCCAGAUGGAUGCUUCAUGUGUUAACCACUGGAGAGCUAUUAUGGAUAACUUGAUGACACAUGACAAAACCACCUUCAGAGACCUGAUGACUCGAGUGGCUGUGGCCCAGAGCAGUUCCCUCAAUCUGUUUGCUAACCGCGACGUGGAGCUGGAGCAGCGUGCCAUGCUGCUCAAGAGGCUGGCCUUUGCCAUCUUCAGCAGUGAGAUAGACCAGUACCAGAAAUACCUGCCAGACAUACAAGAAAGGCUGGUGGAAAGUCUGCGUUUGCCACAGGUGCCCACCCUGCAUUCCCAGGUGUUCCUGUUUUUCAGAGUGCUGCUUUUAAGAAUGUCUCCACAGCACCUGACCUCACUCUGGCCAACCAUGAUCACUGAGCUGGUGCAGGUGUUCUUGCUGAUGGAACAGGAGCUCACUGCUGAUGAAGACAUCUCCAGGACUUCUGGCCCGUCUGUUGCUGGUCUGGAGACGACGUACACGGGAGGCAAUGGCUUCUCCACCUCCUACAACAGCCAGAGGUGGCUCAACCUCUACCUGUCUGCUUGCAAAUUCCUGGACUUGGCCCUGGCUUUGCCCUCUGAAAACCUGCCUCAGUUUCAGAUGUACCGCUGGGCUUUCAUUCCAGAGGCAUCAGAUGAUUCCGGCCUGGAAGUGCGUCGGCAGGGCACACACCAGCGGGAGUUCAAGCCCUACGUGGUGCGGCUGGCCAAGCUGCUGCGGAAGAAAGCCAAGGACAAACAGGAGGACUUUAAGACGGUGGUUUUGGAGGGAAUGGAGAUGGCCAAGCAUCAGAAGAACCCAGAGGAGGACAGCUCAGGGAAGACACUCAGCUGGGAACCAGGCCACUUGCUUCUAACCAUCUACACCGUCCGCAGCAUCGAGCAGCUUCUGCCUUUCUUCAACGUCCUCAGUCAAGUUUUCAACAGCAAAGUGACGAGCAGGUGCGUGGGACACUCAGGGAGCCCUGUCCUUUACCCCAACUGCUUUCCAAGUAAGGACAUAAAGAUGGAGAACCUCAAGACCUUCUCCAGCAAAGCAAGGCAGAAGAUAGAAGAAAUGGUGGAGAAGGAUUUUCUGGAAGGUGUGGUAAAAACAUAAAGCCAGGUGGUGCUGCUCAGCUCCUGUGUGGCGCAGCUCUGGCAGCGAAGCACCGUGCCCUGCCCAGCUGCACAGGAUCCUUUUCUUACUCUGUAGGUAACCAACUGCUCUGUGGUGUAUUUAAGUUACAUAUUUGUACAUAAGAGAAGAGCUCUGGAGGUGGCCUGAAUCAAGUGUAACUGCUGGUGGCUCAUAUUGAUUAUGGUGCCUACUCUUUCCAGUCCAUGUUUCGUUGUCUCCAGUUCUGUCUUUAAACCAAACAAAAUACAAGGUGCACAUUUUUUUUCCA